CGAUAUAGAUAUAGCUUUUCAUUUGUAGCUUAAGUUUGCCUGUUUAAAUAAAUCUGUGGAUGUAAAUAUUUAACAUUUAACACUUUAAUAUAAUGACUCACUUUAUGAUAGAAAACUCAUUUUAUUUUGGCCGUAUAGGCGGUGGGUGUGACUCUCCUAGACUGCAUCGAUCUGGCUUCAAAUCACCAUUAUUUUACCACAAGACAGAAGAUUCGCCGUUGCCGAUGUGGCUCAGUUUCAAGGAACAUGGUGAAAAUGGCGGAAAUAAGAGUCUGCUGCCAAGUCAAUCCGGUGCUGUGGCGGCAAAAAUAGGGAGACAAAUAUCCCGCCAAAAUAGCAACAGAAGUUCAGGUGGACGAUCUGGAAAAUCUGUGAUAAUGAAGAAAAUUGAAGAACGCGAACUUAACGAAAAACCCGGUGAAUGGCAAAGAAAUCAAGAAUACAAAAAUAUCAGAGAGAGACGAAAACUUUUUCGGAAACACAUUGGUGCAAAACUACGAACUAUAAAGAGACUAUAUUACCUUUCCCUUUUUGGAGUACUUUUAGGAAUAUUGUUCGUUUUUGGUGCAACGAUACGUACCUUAGGUGACGGAACUAUUUUUUGGACCUUUAAACAUCAGUUUAAAAUAAGUGGCGUGACACUGAUAAUAGUCGGAGUUAUAUUGUUGCUGGUUACAGUUGGUCUAGACAACGUUAGUCGGGAAAAACUGAAAAAAGCAGGUAUUGAAGAGAUUAAACCGGUCGUUCAUCCAGAUUUCUUAGAGGAGGAUCCAAACAAAUUCAGACGACAAACUUCCAAAUGCUCCUAUGCAAGCUCUUAUGAUCCUUCUUGUCCUGCAUUAGACAGACAAAGGCUAUUGUGGAACACAAAUAAGCAACAAGAUUAUGAAGAUGGAUUUCUUUGUUCUAGUAUUGCUUCGGCGUCAAGUACAAACAUGCCAGGAACUAUACCGAGAGUAUAUUCAUCAGACCAUUGGGCUAAAGUUAUGGAUAUGAAUUUAGAAAGUCUGAACAAUACUGAAUGUACAGGUCACUCUUCCUUUCAUGGUAUGCCUAAUAUUGAAAUAACAUAUUGCAACGAAAAAUCUACGUCUUUAACCUCAAAGUCGACUUCUGAAGUUGAGGAUAUUAUACAAUUUUCAUAUGCCCAUAGUGAUUCAACACAAUCGCCUCGUAAUAGUGACUCAAAAACAGUGUCGUCUGCAAUUAGUGAGCCAUGUAAAGUAGCAUUAUAGAACGCAUUAGUGCAAACGGUCAUGCACAGCGUUUCCGGUGAUUCAAAUUCAGUUAACAACGCAUGCUUUCUCGUAAAACUGUGCUUAUGAUAUUCUGAUACAGAUAAAUAAUCAUAUAUUACCGUGUAUCAAAAUUAGAGGUACAAUUUUUUAGAUAUGACAAAUAUAGACAUGACGACUGAAUUCGACCGUAAGUAACGUCAUGCGUUAUGCGAGUAUGUUGGUUCAAUGAAAAGGGAUAAAUAAUUAAAUAGACAGCUCGCAUUUUUCUUUCUCUUUCGUUUACUUAGUUUUAAUAUUCAAAAUAACUUGUUCUUAAUCGUGUUAAUGUGCUGUAAGGCAAUUAUAAACAGUUGCCCCGCACUUGAUGUAAAUGUUUUUCUCGUAUGAAGUCAAUUGGUUUCAAUAUUUAUGUUCUUAAGAUUGAUAAUGUCCCAUAAACAGGUCCAAACAAACCUACUCAGCAGCUUUCUA